AUAAGUAUUCGUCGAGAUGAAGUUGAUAGAGUUUCUGUGUCUCAAGUCGUGUCGAAGUUUCAGAGUCAAUGAUGAGUCUAUUUGUCUACAGCGAAGGAUUGUGAUAAUCAAAAGGGCAGACUGUGCGGCAUUUGACUCAGACAUGAACAAAUCUCCGUAGUCAAUGAUGAACUGAUGUAGAAAGUAUCAGGCAUGUCGCUGAAAUGCCAGUGUAAAAACAAAUAUCCAUUCUUGAAAUGUACGCACGCAAAGGAAUGCGGGUGGCCUCGAAUUUACAAUCCGAGACAAAAGAAAAAGGGGGUUCAAGAGAUGAAGCUACAGUAUACAUGCCAAACCACGAGAUUGCGGUGGACCAAAACCGCUAUGGACCGUCCCGACGGAACGAGACGACUCUCUGAGACAUUGAAGAAUGGAGGGAGAGGAAGAAAUGCAUUUGGUUGCAAUAUGAGUUCUGUGUCUUAGACAUCAAUCUACUUUGAUCAUCAGGCACUCGGGAUAAGAUGGUGAUGAAGAUGUUGCAGGGAUGUCUACAGCAACAGGAAUGCACAUCCAGAGACAUAGCAAUAUCUCUUGUCUCUCAAGGAAGUGGCUUUCAGCUGGUUGCGGCUCUACCUGGCGAUGACCUCCCUUUGGUGUUUUUGCCUCAUCACCACCAACAAAAGUUGAUCAACACUCUACUUCGUACACGCCCAUACCCGACACUCUGGGAAAACCAAACUCGGUUUAAGCUUCUUCCACGCAUAGAGUUAAAGCAGAAAAAAAACUCUACAUUUUCAGCUGUCCACCUGCAAUCUUGCUUCCCGCGAACCAGGAUACCCGGAUCGCCUCCCAUCUUACGUAUUCCUCCCAGCUCGUCGGGACCGGAAGGGAGCGCAUGCGGACGUUUCUGUGCUACGUGGAGAACGAAUCUGGCCGAAAACGAUUCUUCGCAAAGAGCGGUCGAGAGGCACUGGAAUGCAAAUGACGUCUUUCUAAACCGAGACCGAGAACGAAAGGGUCCGGAUGCGCACGGGAAUGGCUUCGGAGGUUCCGUGAACGGCCACGGCCACGGCCACCCGAGAGUGGGAAAACGGGCGGGAGCUGAAGAACCCCGAUAUCGUAGCCGUGACUGCCUGACUUUUGAGUUCGGCGAUGGUGAUGGUGAUGGUGAUGGGAGGAGGAAGGAGUUUACCAAUCUUGACUUCCCGCUUCCGGACGACGGGACGUCACGGGAUAACGGACGGUUCCAUAUUACAACGGGAAGGAUCGAACUCUACUACUACUGUUAUCUUUACAAACUUGGAAGAGGCAACAGCACAAGUAUAGCUGAAAGAUGA